AUGGAGUAUGGAGAUGAUAGGAGUAUUUACCUGAGAGAUACAUGGAGAGAUGACUCGAACAAAAUCUGCGGCGUGGUGCCUAUAAACCCGAGCUCGAGCGGGCUAUGGCCAAAUGCAAAGCUUCCAGAUCCUAAAGCCAACAUCGAAUUCUGGAAUUACAUGUUCCCACAUGUUCAAAUGAUUUUCCUCAUCGUCACCAUCCUCUGGCAAUUCUUUCAUUUCUUCCUCAAACGUCUCGGCAUGAUUCGUUUCACUUCCCAUAUGCUUGCAGGGCUUUUUCUAAGCAAGUCGGUUUUCAAGGAGGACAGCGCGGAGAGACAUUUCUUUGCGACAAAAGAUUAUAAAGAGACUCUUUUUGGUUUGGUUGGUGCGUGUUCGUACAUGAUGUUCUGGUUCUUGAUGGGAGUUAAAAUGGACUUGAGUCUUGUCCGAAACACCGGGAGGAAAGCCAUCGCCAUCGGUCUCUCCUCCGUGUUACUCUCUAUCACGGUUUGCUCUUUCAUCUUCUUCGUCAUCCUAAGAGAUCUAGGAACCAAGAAGGGAGAGCCGGUUUUCGACUUCUUCGAGAUCAUCAUGAUCUACUCGGUCCAAUGCCUUUCGUCGUUCCCGGUUAUCGGAAACCUUCUUUUCGAGCUCAGGCUACAGAACUCAGAGCUUGGACGUCUAGCGAUGUCCUCUGCAGUGAUCAGUGACUUCAGUACCUCGAUCCUCUCCGCGGUUCUCGUCUUCUUGAAAGAACUCAGGGACGAGAAAACCCGCCUCGGAUCCAUAUUCAUCGGAGAUGUCUCCUUCGGAAGCCGUCCUCUGAAGAGUGCAGCAACAGCUGUGGGCUUUGUUUGUUUCGCCAUAUACAUCUUCAGGCCAUUGAUGUUCUUCAUCAUCGACAGAACGCCCACUGGUCGUCCCGUGAAGAAGAUGUACAUAUACUGGAUCAUCAUUCUUGUUUUCGGAUCAGCCGUUCUUGCGGAUUGGAGCAAGCAAUCUAUCUUCAUGGGACCUUUCAUCUUAGGGCUAGCUGUCCCUCACGGCCCGCCUCUAGGCGCUGCGAUCGUUGAGAAGUUCGAGGCUGCCGUAUUCGGCACGUUCCUUCCUUUCUUCGUCGCUUCGUCCGCCACAGAGCUCGAUACCUCGAUCAUGCUAGUGUCUUGGACAGAUUUCAGAAGCAUCUCCAUCAUUGUCACUAUCUCCUUUGUUGUCAAAUUCGGUCUCACCACUCUCCCUGCCUUCUUCUUCGGCAUUCCCGCCAAUGACUGCUUUGCUCUGUCUCUCCUUAUGUCCUUUAAAGGCAUUUUCGAGCUCGGCGCUUACGCUUUCGCGUUUCAAAGAGGGUCUAUGAGGCCAGUGACCUUCACUAUCUUAUCUAUAUACAUCUUGUUGAACUCUGCAAUCAUACCACCGAUCUUGAGACGCGUAUACGACCCUUCGAGGAUAUACGCAGGGUACGAGAAGCGGAACAUGCUUCACAUGAAACCUAACUCGGAGUUGAGGAUUCUGUCUUGCAUCUACCAGACCGACGACAUCCAUCCGAUGAUCAAUCUCCUUGAAGCUACUUGUCCGUCAAGAGAGAGUCCGGUAGCUUCAUACGUACUCCACUUGAUGGAGCUCGUGGGAGGGGCUAAUCCGGUUUUCAUCGACCACCGUUUACAAACCAGGAAAAGCGAGCAUGUGUCUUAUAACUCGGAGAACGUCAUCGCUUCGUUCGAGCAGUUCCACAAAGAGUUCUUCGGCUCUGUUUUCGUCGGGACUUACACGGCUUUGUCUUUCCCACAGACGAUGCAUGGGGACAUAUGCAUGCUCGCUUUGAACAACACGACGUCUCUUAUCAUUCUUCCUUUUCACCAGAGUUGGUCUGCUGAUGGAUCGGCCAUUGUUUCGGACAGUAACAUGAUCCGGAGACUGAACAAGAGUGUUCUCAAGCUCUCUCCUUGCUCUGCUGGAAUCUUUGUCCACCGAGGCAAGAGAACAAUCAAAGAGACGGCUACAAGCUUCUCGUCUUACAAAGUUUGCAUGCUCUUUCUUGGAGGUAAAGACGAUAGAGAAGCUUUAACGCUCGCAAAGCGGAUGGCUCGUGACUCGCGGAUUAACAUAACCGUGGUUUCUCUCAUCUCUACCGAACAGAAAGCCAACCCAACAGUCGAUUGGGAUCGAAUGAUCGAUUUAGAACAACUUAGAGACGUGAAGAGCAAUGUUCUUGCCGGCGGAGACAUUAGCUUCUCCGAGGAAGUAGUGAAUGACGCGUCUCAGACAUCAAACCUGCUGAAAAGAAUUGCGAAUGAGUAUGAUCUGUUCAUCGUCGGAAGAGAGAAAGGAAGGAAGAGUGUUUUCACGUUAGGGCUUGAGGAAUGGAGUGAGUUCGAGGAACUUGGUGUGAUUGGAGAUCUCUUGGCUUCAACGGAUCUUAAUUGCAAAGCUUCUGUGUUGGUGAUUCAGCAGCAACAACAGAUGAUUUAG